CAACCCCCAUCAAUACCGUCGAAAUGGCCCGCCGUCCAGCUCGUUGCUACCGCUACUGCAAGAACAAGCCAUACCCGAAGUCUCGCUUCAACCGUGGUGUGCCAGACCCCAAGAUUCGCAUUUUCGAUCUCGGCCGCAAGCGUGCCAACGUCGACGACUUCCCUCUCUGCGUCCACCUCGUCUCCAACGAGUAUGAACAGUUGAGCUCCGAGGCCCUCGAGGCCGCUCGUAUUUGCGCCAACAAGUACCUCGUCAAGAUCGCCGGAAAGGAAGGAUUCCACAUGCGUGUCCGCGCCCACCCAUACCACGUCGUGCGCAUCAACAAGAUGUUGUCGUGCGCUGGUGCCGAUAGAUUGCAGACUGGUAUGCGUGGUGCGUACGGCAAGCCCAACGGCUCCGUCGCUCGCGUGAACAUUGGCCAGAUUCUCCUCUCCGUCCGCACUCGUGACUCUCACCGCGCCACCGCCAUCGAGGCUCUCCGCCGCAGCCAGUACAAGUUCCCCGGCCGCCAAAAGAUCAUCGUCUCGAAGAAGUGGGGUUUCACUCCUCUCAACCGCGCCGAGUACGUCGAGAAGCGCAAGGCUGGUGCUGUCCGUGUCGAUGGUGCCUACGUCCAGUUCCUCCGCAACAAGGGCCCGAUCGCGCAGAACAUCCGCCGCUUCCCUUCUGCUUUCAACGCAUAAAUGUGAUGUGUUGAGGAUUUGAGGUUGAAAUCUGGUAUUGAGAGUGGCAGGAAGGCGAGAUGAUUGAACGAUUCGGGAUGAUUUUGUUCGAGGAUAAAAUCAUCACAGGCGUACUGGAAGGCUGAGUUGUUUUUCUACUACUCUACAUCACGCAGCCGAAUUUCAAUGAAGCGAGCUUGAAAGUCAAAAAGAAUGCGCUGUCGUAUUGGGUC